CUCAUUUCUACUCAAAAUGCUUCCCUUUUCUGAGACUUCAGUACAGUCAUCCUACUUGUAGUCUGUCCGAUGCAAGCAAUUGAUCGACUCUACUCGGAGAAUUCCCAAGUUAAUAUCUUUUCUCCCCUCUCUUGUCAACAUGAAUGUCGAUACGCCAAUAUACAGAUUACUUGAUCUACCUGCAGAUUUGUUCGAUCUGAUCAUACAAACAUGUAUGCAACUAAAUGGAUUCGAACAAACAGCCAUGAUCCGCUCUACUUGCCGCGCCUUUGAUGACUUUAUCGUCUUAUUACUUUGUCGGAAGAGAAACUUCCACGAAGUUGGUGUUACCUUGCAUACUACUCUUGAUUACAUCGUGGAGCAAGCACCACACCUGAAAGGCACCAAAGAAGAACUACUCAAAUCUCUUUGUAGAUGCGUAGUUCAAACGAGCGGGUCUAGUAUGAUCGGAAAUAUCUUAAGGCCAUACAUGUUCUCCAAGAGAAAUGCAGACUCUCACAUCAACUAUCUUCACGCAGCUGCAUAUCUGGGCCUUCCAGUAGUGGCCGAGCGGCUUAACGGUAUGAGGAUGGUUUUACGAAAGCAUUUUGAAAGGCUCCAAUCCACAGGCAAGAUGCGCGUGCCACGAGGUCCAUCCGUACACAAUGGUCAAGGAGCGCUUCAAUGCUCUGUAGCAGGAGGCCACCCUGAGAUCGCUGCAAUGUUGAUAAAAGAAGGCUGCAUCUGGAAUGCUGCCAAUUGGCCAAAUUCAUGGAACAGGAACGAUGCUUUGAUUCUAUACUCUCUCAUCAGAACAAAUUACAGUAAAAGAAAUUUAGAAUUCUGUCUGCUACGAGCAACGGCAGUGGGGAAUUUCGAUGUUUUUCAGAAGAUCAUGGCGUUUGGGAUGGAGAAAAGAUUUGCGCACAACCACAAAGGUCAUGCACCAGCGACAUCAUGCCCAGAGGAUUUACUAACUGCGGUUCUCAUGGUAGCAGCUUACCAUGGUCGUAUCCAAUUUGUCGAGUACGCUAUCAAUCAAGGUGCAAAGCUGAAUUGCAGAAUACACCCCAGAUUUUACGAAUGCAAAGGAAUAUUCAUGACUAACAUUGGAUAUCAUUAUGGCAACUCGCUGGAACUAGCAGCCAAAUGUGGACAGUACAACGUUGUUUGUUAUUUGCUCACUCGCGGUGCGACACCCACUACACAGGCUUUAGGUGAGGCAGCAAGACGGGGCUGGCUGCGGAUCUCCCAAACAUUGAUAGAUGCUGGCAUAAGCGUUUAUCCAUGCCGCGACGGAUCUUAUGGCUACAUGGAACUUAUGGCGCAUGUCAUAAGAAGAGGUCAUACCGAGAUUGUACGUUUGUUCCUUGACAAUGGAUUUGGUGCUGAACACGUUGAGAAGUGGCCAGAGGACGUGGAACGUGCAUUUCGAGAGGCAAAAAGGAAGCGAACAACCAGAAUCAUGGACCUGAUGACUGAAUACGGAUUGAAGCCUCGACAGUAAGAGCUGUGAGGGAGGUGCGGUGUGAGAAGCUGGAGCUCACAUCAUCUCGCGCACAAGACGCAGCAGCCCGCAGUAACAUGACGAGAACAGAGUGCAAGUGGGUGAGGCAGAAGGUAACAUUCAAACCAAGAAACUAACACAAU